GCAGCCAAAUCUAUAAGACAGAAAGACAGCUCUUCCCAUCCUCAUUUCAAUUUUGGCCUCGCCACUUACUUGGCAAAGCCAAACUGGUAAGUGUUGAGACGGUUUGAUUAGAUUCCAACCAUAUCAACAAUUUUAUGUUCACAUCUAUGUUCCAAGUUACGACCAAAUUUUCAAUGCGCUAACUCCUCCCAAGAUCUAUGCUCUGUCAUAAACUUAACCAGACCAGACCAGAAUCCUUUCGUCUGCUCAAUUGCAAGCAAAAUAGGCUUAUAUAAUCUCUGGUAUGAAAGUGAAAACCUGUGUUCAUUGCAAAGGUCCCUUCGUGGGAAGACAAUGUUUAUUUAUGUUGUCUUAAAAUGACAAUGGAUUGGAUUUUAUAGUUCCUUUAUCCUCAAAGUCAGUGGAUUGAUUUGAUGCUUAUUUUCUUCCCACUUUCAGCUGAUCAGCAACACUGCUUCAGGUUUUAAGAGUUGAUUAUUUGAAGAAUGUAACCUUUUUUGGUGAUAACAGACUGCAGUCCUUGCAUAGACCUGCAGACUGUAUUUAACUAUUCUGGCAGACACAUAAUUAGUGGAUGUUUAAUCUUGAAGCAGCCUUGAGGUUCAAUCACUGCACUGCCAUUCAGGAUCUGUGGUUGUCAUUCUUGACUUCUAAAAUAUUUUGGUAUUUGUCAAUUUGAUAGCUGGAUGAAGGUUGGAAUGUCAUCCAAGACGAUGAAUCACCCUAGCUAUAUAUCUGUAACACAAAGUGAGCCUAGCAAGAGAAUUGGAGAGUCACAUCAUACUGCUGCGUCCCCAAUUCAUAAUUUUCUAAGUAUCGGAUCAGAAGGUCAAUCUUCAUUGGCUGGUGAAUGUUCAUCUCCACAUCCAUUUCCUUUUAUACGAACAGAAUCAUUUAAGAAUAAUCUAAAAUCUGGGCCAAGUAGCCCCAUUUCUCCGAGUUCACAUGCUAAGAGUGCAUUUUCACGUUCUUCUGUGUUCUGUACCAGUUUAUAUUUGUCAUCUUCAUCUACAUCUGAAACCCAACGACAGCUUGGAAAUUUACCAUUUCUUCCACAUCCUCCCACAUGCGGCCAGUCCAUAUCCGCUGUUGAUUCAUCAAAAUCUCCUGUGGUGUUUAGUGAGGAUUUGCACAAUCCAUAUAAUGAGGACCACUCAGAAAUUAUUAUGAAGGACUUCCUUAAUUUUCCUGGAGAUGAUUGUGAUGGUAACUUUCAUGGUUUGCAUUGCGAAAGUAAUAAUUUCACCCUUACCGAACAAUUAGAGCUACAAUUUUUGUCUGAUGAACUAGACAUAGCUAUUGCCGACCAUGGAGAAAAUCCCAGACUUGACGAAAUAUAUGAAACACCUCAAAAGCUUAAUGUAGCAUUCACAUGCAAUCAAAAUUCUGCUUCUGUGGUACCAUCUACUGAUGCAUGCUCGAGUAUUCGACUGUCUGGGCCUGCAGCUGUUCACAAGCCAAGAAUGAGAUGGACUCCAGAGCUCCAUGAGUGUUUUGUUGAGGCCGUAAGCAAGCUUGAUGGGCCUGAAAAGGCAACUCCAAAGGGUGUAUUAAAGCUUAUGAAUGUUGAAGGCUUGACCAUCUACCAUGUGAAGAGCCACUUACAGAAGUAUCGACUUGCCAAAUAUAUGCCAGAGAAGAAAGAAGAGAAGAAGACUUCCAGCUCUGAAGAAAAGAAAGCAGCUUUAAGUGGCAAUGAGAGUGAUGGAAAGAAAAAAGGGGGUACGCAUAUCACUGAAGCUUUGCGCAUGCAGAUGGAAGUACAGAAACAAUUACAUGAACAGCUUGAGCUACAAAGGUCACUUCAGUUACGCAUAGAGGAACAUGCAAGGUAUUUGCAGAAGAUCUUGGAGGAACAACAGAAAGCUGGCAGUGCCUUACUUCCUUCACUAAGCAUGUCAACACCGACUGAUCCAAGCCAAAACUCAGAAUUGCAACCUUCUUCUUCAUCUGCUAUUGCUUCACCUACGCAACCUUCCGAGUCUAAAACCGAGUUAUCAUCAUCUCUGCCAUCAAAGCAUAAAGCUCCUGAAGUCAAUGAUUGUGAACCUGAAUCAAGUGCCAAAAAGCUUUGCACCGAGAACAAGCCAGAGUCAGCUGCAGAUGAAGCCGUAGUGGAGAAUCCUGUGCAAUAAUAGCUUCACUCAAUUCAACUCUUAUUUUUCCUUUAAUGCAUCAGCUUCUGUAUCACCCCAGCUUUUGUAGAUUCAUUAAUCCAGUGUAAAAUAGUCAUUGAAUUUAGAUUUGCUUCAUCUGUGUCUAUGACAUUUGUGAAAUUUGGACAAUUGGGAAGAAGAAAGACAGCUUUUUCCAUCUGUGAACUCAGAAGCAAAAUAUUUGUGGGUCAAGCUAUUGAAUUGGUUUUUGAUAAUGAAUCAGCUUUAGUUCUUUCUAUAA